AAAUCAAAGUCCCCAUAAAAGUAACCCAUCGGGCUUCGUGAUGAGUGAAGUCAUCGGCAACAUUGUGAGCCGGUGGGCGCUUUUGUGCGCACUGGUGAGGCGCACCGUAGCUUACAUUGCUCCACAUCUCGCUCCUGCCCAUUGUGUGUUGGAAACAGACAGCGACAGGUUAUUUACAGACUAAUGAGAGGAAGAGUUUCAACAGUUCAGAUAUUAUGUAGGAUUGAGCGUUCUUGUUGAGCUGCAAAGCGCAGUAUGGUUGGAGACGCCGGGGCUUUUGGAAAACAUCAAGAAAUCUAAGAGAGGCUACCGUGUUAUUUAGACGCUAACAAGCUAAAUCUUUCUAUUUUUACCGGAGUUUUAAAUAUGUUACACUUCAGGACUUCGUCAACUUUAAGACUGGUUGCCAUUUUACUGAGUUUGGGGAUUCACCAGAGCACCUGGAAAGCAGUGGAAUCGAUUCAUCCAGCAUGUGCUCUGGUAGCUGAGCAUAUGAAGGCUCAAGAGCAAUGCAUUCACACACAAAGACAAGAGGCCCACAACAGCAACAAUAUCACUGGGUGUCGUACAGAGUGGGAUGAAUUUUGGUGCUGGUACAGGGCUGAGGUCGGACAGGUGGUCAACGUCUCAUGUUCUGACAUCUCUCAGCUCUUCGAUACUAAUCAUGGUUUCAUACUCAGGAAUUGCACCAAUGAUGGUUGGACAGAAACAUAUCCAUCCUAUGAGAAUGCUUGCGAAAUUGUGGAGGAUGUGGAUUCAGAGACUGAGACCACAUAUUUUUCCACUUUCAGGCAAGUGUACACUGCAGGCUAUGCUACCUCUCUGAUUUCCCUGAUCUCUGCCAUCUUUGUGUUUACGGCCUUCAGAAAGUUCCACUGCACCAGAAACUACAUUCACAUCAAUCUGUUUGCCUCCUUCAUCCUGAGAGCCAGUGCGAUCUUUAUCAAAGAUGGAGUGCUCUUUGCCGAUGAGGAUCUAGACCACUGCUUCAUGUCAACAACUGCAUGCAAGGCAGCAGUGGCUUUUUUCCAGUUCAGUAUCCUGGCUAACUAUUUUUGGCUGCUCGUAGAGGGGAUGUAUCUACAGACACUUCUAGCUCUUACUUUUGUCUCACAGCAGAAGUAUUUCUGGUGGUACAUACUUAUUGGUUGGGGUCUACCAGCAAUAAUACUGACCAUCUGGGUUCUGGCAAGAAUUUGUUUUGACAACAGAGGGUGCUGGGAUGACACAGAUGUAGCUUACUUUUGGUGGAUAAUUAAAGGACCAAUCACAGUGUCUCUCCUGAUCAAUUUCUUCAUCUUCAUAAAUGUGAUCCGGAUUCUUGUGCAGAAGCUAAAGUCUCCGGGAAUUGGAGGCAAUGAUACCAGCCACUUCAUGAGACUGGCCAAGUCUACUCUUUUCCUAAUUCCUCUGUUUGGCAUGCACUAUAUGGUGUUUGCCUUCCUCCCAGAGAACACAGGAGAGAACGCUCGCCACUUCCUUGAGCUUGGACUGGGUCCCUUUCAGGGUUUUGUUGUGGCUCUGUUAUACUGUUUUCUCAAUGGAGAGGUACAAGCAGAACUAAAGAAGAGACUAUGGAAGUGGCAGACACAAAGUUAUUUGAGAUACAGUAAGAGGAGACGAACCCUCUUUACUGAGAGCAGCACAGUCACACAAAUCUCAGUUUUAGAAAAAUCCAGCCCCAAGGAGCUGCCCUUAAUUGAGUCCCAGAACAGUGUGUCGACUGUCUGAAAGCAAGGGAGUUCUACAAUUAAUCUAUUUCUCACUCUCACUUGCUGUUUCUCUCCCUCUCUUUUUCUUCCAUUAAACCUCUAAAUCAGAAGAAACUAGGCAUAAAUCUAUUUUACAUUUUGAUAUGGUGAUAAAUUGGUUGCUAAAUCUAUCUAGAGUAUCAAAGACAUUCUUCUUAUUCCACAUCUCACUGAGACAAGCUUUCAACCAUAUAAUGAUAAAAAAUAUUCUCUUUUCAUUCAUAAUACAAAAGCACAAAAUCACAUUGCCCUGUUUCCCCCUCAUUUCAAGUUGGAUGACUGGUACUCACUAUUUGCAGAGCAAUGUUAAAUCACAUCGCUAUCAUAAGCAAAUAGCAAUGAUCGUUUAACUAUGUAAAAUAAAUUGCUCUGUCAUUUUUAUUUCUUAUUUCCAUAAUUUGUCAUUUCAGACUUGUCACUGCUUGGCUUGAAAGCUUAGAUAUAGACAUAGAGAAGUUGAUCACGGCUAUUUGCCUUACUAAACAAAGACCUCACUUUGGAUUGUCCACAAUUAAUAGAAAACAAUCAAAAAAGCUAUUUUCAUAUUCAUAUUCAUAAUUGCAUAUUCAUAUUCAUAAACUUUUAUUUUGUAAAUUGUGUUUCAAUGCAACAUAUUGCACAGUGCACUGGCCCUGAAUAUAUACAAAAGUGUAAAAGGACUACAGGGCAUACAAAAUAUUCUUUCUUGAAUAAUAGGUAUUUUCAGGAUAAAAAAAAAAAAAUUGUCAUUAGAUUAAUUAGAAAAAUUUAUUAAUUAAAAAAAACAAAUCAAUAUUAUUUAAGAGAUCGUAUGAAUUGCGAGCUAUGAAGAUAAUUAUGAUGAUGAAUAAUUGUUUUUUGAAAAUGGCCUAUUUAAGAAUUAUUUGCAGUGCACACAUCUGGAGCACUAGAUUGUAAAGUUUAUUGUUUGGUAGAAAUAUACUUUUGUUGGUUUUAAAAAUGUUUUAUGAAUGCUAAAUGUAUUUAUAAAUAUGCUUGCUGUACUGAAAAUGUCACAUUUUAGGCCUGCCUGGUGUACUUUGUCUACAUAUGAGACAUUUGUACUCUAUUAUUUGGUGUGUUUUGAAUAUUAAUGUAGAGUUUCAUUGCUAUAUUAUUCUUUUCUUAAAUAAUAAUUCAAACAGUUAAAUAAUUUGUGUUGUUGUGGAGACACACUUCAGUGUUGUUACAUACAGUAUUUUGAUUUACAAAUCAAGUUAUAAUCCGACUAAGCAACUAAACCAAUUGUUUGAAAUUUUGUUACAGUAGUAGAUAUGCUUAAUGCUUUUCGAGAAAAAAAUAAAUAAAUAAUAAUAAUAAUAAUAAUAAUGUUUUUGUGAGUCUGGAGAAAACAAGAAAAAUAUGAAAUUAUAUCAUUAUAAUUAAUUUUAAUUUAAAGAGUUUACAUAAAAUAUAGAGUUUGUUUUUUCCCCCACAUUAUGUCUUUAUUUGAAUAUUCUAUAUUAACAUCAAUGCCAUUGAAAUAUGAGUGUUAUUUAUAUUAACUAUGAACAACCUCAAAUGUUUUUGCACCAUUUGCUGUGGAGACACAGUCAAAAAGGCAUUAUACAUGUAUGGACCAUAAAUCCAAAAGCAACCAAUCACAUCAGACUUGUAACUAAAGUUAUGUAUUUAUUCUCUGAUUAUUUUAGCAUUGUGCUGUGUAUUGUCAUGUUUAGCUUACAGAUACCCGUUCUAAGAUAACAACCUCUGUUCACCUGAUUGUAAGAGUUGUUGCUACAUUCACCGACAUGCCUUAACGUAAUCAGUUAUCAGAUGUGUAUCAGUGUUGUUGAAGUUUGGAUGUGCAAAGUAAAUGUAUUUUUGUGCUUUGUGACAUGAUAACUGUUAUGGUACUUAUAAGUGUGCAAAAAUUACCAUAUGCACUGGUAACGGCACUUUGAUGCCCUUUAAGGGUAACUGUACCUAAAAAUGCAACUUGUGCAUCAUUUCUUUGCAUUUCAGCUGUGAGCAAAGUAGGUGCACUUGUUAGUUUGUUUUUCCACGAUGUUGGAAAUCUUAUAUAUAUAUAUAUAUAUAUAUAUAUAUAUAUAUAUAUAUAUAUAUAUAUAUAUAUAUAUAUAUAUAUAUAUAUAUAUCUUAAAGUGACAUUGAUAACUUAUAGACUGCCUAUUAACAUUUUGUUUGCUGGUAUGGUGUGUCUUUAUGGAUUAUAUUUGACAGUUUCAGCUUCACUUGUCAAAAAAAUGUAAUGGUGUUUCAAAAUCAAUAUUCCAUAAUGUACAAAAAGAUUCAAUAUAACUUAAAGAAAACAUAUUUUAACAUUGUCUAAAACAUUCAAAUUAGUCUACUGUCAUUACAAGUCCCCCAAACUGUAAUAUUAGUAUUCUAAACAUUAUAUUUGUAUUUUGCUGUGGUUGAUGUGCCAGAACUAAAAAAAAAAAAGACAAAACACUUACAGGUUCCACAUGUACUUUUGCUUGAAGUGACACUGUACCCCUAGUAAAUUCCCAUUAAAGACAUUUUCUAUAUAUUACAUCUAAAUCCAUAGUUUAUUCUACAUAUAUUAGUUAUAAUACAUUUUUCACACAUUUUAAAUAUACAAGAAAAACAAGACGUUCAUCAACUUUAAUGUAAAAUAUUACCUGUUUAAAGCUGACAGUAUUUACAUCAUUUCCCAUUAGCUUGUAUUUAUGUACAUUCUAACUAAGGAUUUCUGCAGUGGUGAUUGCAUGUGAUGAAAGGUAAGAGCAAUAUUCUCUGUUCAUUGUUGUAAGAGGUAUAAAAUGUUUUCUUGGUAAGGAUUGGGUACGUUUCUAUAUAGACAUGUAUAAAUCUGUGACAGCACUGCAAUCCCACUGCUUUGAAUGAAAUUAUUAGUAGUAUUAAAGACAUGUCCAACAUUUCAUGUUUAGUGUUAUAUACUUUUUUUGUUAGAGCAAAGUGUGUAAUUUAUUGUUUUUUAAACAACCUAUUGUACUGUCAUAAUUAACAGAUGUACAUUCAUAUUUAUAAAAAAAAAAAAAAGAAAGAAAUUGAUGAUGUUUCAAGAAAGUGCACAUGCUUGUUGCCCCAUAUGGCUAAGACUAGAAAUCUCACUUGUUUUUUGUCAUUUUGGUGUGAUAGUGUAUUUGUAUUAUCUAUUUUCUCUUGGGAGGAAAAACUAAAUAUUGCUGUACAUCAACAUAAUAAGCCACUCACUUCUUUUUAAGUGCCCACAAAAUCACAGGAAAUACAUGCAUCAUUCAAGAGGAUUAGGCAGCAAUGCUGAGAACAAUACAUUUAAGCAUUAUCACUUAUAGUGCUUUCAAAUGACAAAAUUACAACUUCAAUGCACAACCUUGAAAACAGUCACAAAUGCACACUUUUUAGUUUUUGUGUUAUUUUGACAUCUAAACUAAAAAGGAUUUUUUUUCUCUCUGCAGUAUCCACAAUGCAUUGCUUAAGCUUUACUUUUACAUGACAACACUUAGCAGAUUGUUAUGCUAACAAACACACUGAUGGUGUCAUUGAUCUAAACAAGAAUUAGAAAAUAUUAAAAUAUUACAGAUGUAUCAGAUCUGUUAUGUAACAGACAAUAUUUAAAUCGAAAAUAAAGGAUACAUUCAACACUUAUUAGUAAAACAUAAUAAUUGUUUGUCAUAUGCCAAAAUUGCAUGUUUUCGAAUAAAAGUAGUUUUACAUCUUCGAAAAAAGCUCUCAAAACCUUGAGAGAAGCAUAAAAAAUGUAAAAUGGUCCUACACAGAUCACACAGUAUGUCAGACUAGGGUUGACCCUAUCACAUUUGUAUUAAUAAUUGUAAACACUAAGCUUAAUCGUUCCACUUAAAGUUUGUUCAUAUUUGUCAAAUUCAAAUGCUUGAUAAUGCAAUUACUCAAAAAAUCUAUAAUACAGUACAAUUUUACAUAUAAAUAAAUACUGAUCUUGUAAAACAUACAAUCUACAUUAUAUAUAUACAUAUACACUACCGGUCAAAAGUUUUGAAACACUUGACUGAAAUGUUUCUCAUGAUCUUAAAAAUCUUUUGAUCUGAAGGCGUAUGCUUAAAUGUUUGAAAUUAGUUUUGUAGACUAAAAUAUAAUUGUGCCACCAUAUUAAUUUAUUUCAUUAUAAAACUAAAAUUUAAUAAAAAAAAUAAAAAAUAAAAAAAAGUUUUUGAAAUUGAUGACUUGGACCAAAUAAUAAAGAAAAGCAGCCAAUAAGUGCCCAACAUAGAUAGGAACUCCUUCAAUACUGUUUAAAAAGCAUCCCAGGGUGAUACCUCAAGAAGCUGGUUGAGAAAAUGUCAAGAGUACAUGUCUGCAAAUUCUAGGCAAAGGGUGACUACUUUGAAGAUGCUAAAAUAUAAAACAAUUUUGAUUUAUUUUGGAUUUUAUUUAGUCACAACAUAAUUCCCAUAGUUCCAUUUAUAUUAUUCCAUAGUUUUGAUGACUUUACUAUUAUUAUACAUAAAAUUAUAAUAAAGAAUAAGUGUUU